CUUCAGAAACCAUGCAUCAUCAUCAGAAUCUUGGAGACGCGGUAGCCUUAAAUGGAAUGCUUCCGCCAUACGAAGGCAUGCCCUUGUAUGAGCAGCCCAAACCUCGAUUCAUUUUCAAGAUGCCUCGUGUGGUGCCCGAUCAGAGAUCAAAGUUUGAGAGCGACGAGCUCUUUCGACGACUAAGCCGGGAGAGUGAGGUGCGCUAUACCGGCUACAGGGAACGGGCAGCAGAGGAGCGCCGGAUGAGGUUCAUCAACGACUGCCGUAAGGGCUAUGCUGAGAUCUCAAUGGUGGCUUCUGGCACCAAUCUACAGCUCUACUUCAACGCAAACCACAAUCCAUACGCCCAGGAACAGGAGUGCGACUUCGAGCGGGAGCGGGGCAAAGUGCAUCUCCGGUCCAACUUUAUCAUGAACGGAGUAUGUGUCCGGUUUCGGGGAUGGGUGGAUUUGGAACGACUGGAUGGCGUGGCCAGUCUAGAGUUCGACGAACAACGAGCCCAGCAAGAGGAUGCCCAGCUCCAGGAGCAAAUACAGAGUUACAACCAACGCAUGGCUGAAUCUAAGAGAAUUUACAAUACCCCACAGACUCCACCGGAGGAUCACCAUCGCAGGGGCGCUGGUUUUCCUGGAGGACCUAUGGGAUGGUAGUGGUAUAUUUAAGUUUGUAAAACUAAGUGAGAUCUAAUUAAACUUUAGAAUAAAUUAAUAAUAUUAAAAAAUCAAACUUUCAUUCUGAAUUAAUGUAUUAAAUAUUAUAAAUAGAGCAAUACAA